UCUGAUACGAGAGAGGCUUGCCGGACAUGUGACCCGCCAUUGUGUGAAACAAGGGGAGUUGCAAGGGAUUCUGUCAUUCUAACACACGGAAGAAAGAGAGUACAAUGAAAGCUUCGAGUGUGUGGACAUCGCUAUGCAGUAAGAAAAGAUUAAGCCACGAACCAUGAAACUGACUGACGAGGCUAAGCCCAGUUUCUAUAAACAUAAGUUGCACCAUUGAUCCGUCCGGUCACAAGUUGGACGUCCACGUUGAACCAGAUUCUGUACCCUUGGAAGAUCAUGGGUCUUUUCCAAAUGGCAGUUGCUUCAAACAAAGGUAUGAAGUUUUUCCUGGCGAUAUGCCUGGUCAUGGUAUGCAUGUUCUUGUGGCAGUACGCGUUGGUAGACAAGUCUGUUUUUAUCAGAGGGGGACAUUUCACCGAGCACCGUGACGUCUUCAGAGAACACAUAGUUCAAGACGUUGAAAUUGACAGGCGGAGUAUUGUCCUUGCGGCCAGAGAGCUACUCAAGGGAAGGGAAACAGAAGAGCAGCCACAACGCCACGUGAUCUGCCCCAGCUUCAGUGGCGGGCUGGGUAAUAUGCUCUUCCAGUACGCCUCGGCGUACGGGAUAUCAAGGAGGGUUGGGCUGGACAUUCUUGUCAAAGCGGACGUUGAAGUAUUUCAGGUAUUUGACAUCUGGGCCAAGGUUUCCAGCGAGAAGAGCGUUUGCCCAAAAGCCAAGAUAAUCAAAGAGAGGCACAGUGGUGUCUACGAACACAGCCUCAUGUCCAUUCGAAACAACGCCGACUAUGUUGCCAAAGGCUACCUUCAGUCCUGGAAGUAUUUUGACCCUUUCAGGGAUGAAAUACGGAAACAGUUACGUUUCAGAGGCGACAUUGAAAGAAAGGCCUUUGACAUUCUUGAAUCAGCACUAAGUGAAAAAUAUGGCAGGGGGAACUACUCCUCCCGAACUCUGGUGGGCGUCCACGUUCGUCGGGGCAAUUUAAUGAACAAGCAUGAGCGAGAAUAUGGUUAUAAAGUUGCUACUCCGGGAUAUAUAAAGAAAGCAUUAGCAUUUUUCACUCAUAAAUAUAGACACGUUACGUUUAUUGUUUGCUCCAAUGAUAUGAAAUGGAGUCGCCACUACGUUAACGAUACUGACGUAAUAUAUGUCGACGGUAACCCUAGAGAGGUGGAUCUGGCGUUACUGUCGUCUUUGAAUCAUACCAUUCUCACAGUCGGGACAUUCGGCUGGUGGAGCGCCUGGAUGGCAAAUGGCACAACGUUAUUUUUUAAAGAUUUCGUUAAAAUUGGGACUAAAUUUGCACACGAAUUUUCACCGGAUCACAGUGAUUACCUAUACCCAGGUUGGAUAGGAAUGUGACUGCUUACGUCAUUUCAAUUUUUAAACAUACAUUUUAAGUUUUUGUCCUCAUUCUCAAUACAAUGAUAAGGAUACAGUUA